AUGCCCAAGGACAAGGGUGGCUCGAAUGCGGCGUUUGUGAAGGCGCCGUUCCUCAACGCAGAGCUGGGCAACGCGCAAUGGGUUGUCACCAACUACCACAUUGGCAUCGGCGAUACUACGCGGGGGUGUUUGUCCCGGGCUACGAGUACGCUGGGAGGGGGAGUGCGGGUACGCUGGGAGCUUGUCGAGGGCAUUGGUGUGAUCGUGAUAAGUGGCAAGGACACAGACGGAGUGAACUUCCUGGUCUGGGGCGAUCCUUUGGUGGUGCUGGACAGCAGGACAAUGGCGGAGGCGACACCCGUGGAAAUGGAUGGUCCCUCUCCGACUGAGACAGCUUCGGACAGCGAGGAGGUGGAGGAGGUCACCGAGGACGAGGAGAGGGGCAGGUGCUCAAAUGAAGCAAGUCCCACGAAGCAAAGAGCGGACAGGGCGACCUACGUGCGUCGAAGUGCUGGAGGUGGCUUGGGGUUGAGAGAUGUAGACGCCAUCCGAGCAGUGUUGGCUGAGCAUAUGACCUCCAUGAAGUUUGCCUGGGGUGACGUCGUUGCGAGAGUGGAGGGUCUGGAACAUCGUCAGUCCGAACAGGCGGAAAGACUGGCAAAGCUGGUGGAUGGGCACAACUACCAGGAGAGGCGUGCGGGGAGCUUGUGGGCGAAGAUUGGCAUCAUGGAGAAGAAGAUGGAUAUGCUGAGCAAGGAGCUUGACCUGCUUCGUGCCAACGCUGGCAAAGGAGGGAUGGGUGUCUGGACUGGAGAUAGGGACUUGAAGGCUCCUGGCCGGCAAGCUUUUCUUCGUCGCAGUGCUUCUGGAGCUUGUGAUGGUGGUGGCUGGGGUGGUGGCGGGCAUGGUUCUGAAGGGGGACUACUCAGGGAGGAGGACCGAAGGACCCUCAUCGUUGGGGGGUGGCUGCGAGACACUCGGAAGGAAACCAUCCUGGAGGAAGCGAAGGAGGGGUUGGGGUUGGAAGCGGUGAGACCCCGCAUUGACUCCAGCGACCUGGUGGUGUUCGGCCCGAGGAAGUCCUUCGGUAUGUUGCGCUUUGGCCUACGUGAGGGUGAGACGAAGUUCCAACUGCGUGAGCGCAUGUGGUCUGUUGUGAAGGCCGUUCGUGAGGCUGCCAUCCCGUUGAAGUCCACAGAUACAGUGGAGGCCGCGCCCAAGAAGCUUUGGGCAUCCUUCGUGAAGACGCGAGAAGCCAGGCAAAGAGGGGGACAUGCCUGUAUGGUGAGGCGGGUUGCCCAGACAUGUGUGGAGGAAGCCACCGGGGAAGUCCAGCUGGAAGCGAAGAGCAACGACUUCUACGAGGUUGACUGGGUUUCGGGCACGGUGUGGGCGGGCCAACACAAACUUGGGAGUUCCGUUCAUCGCAUGCCUCGCAGAGACGGAGUGUGCCAGAUGCCUGGAGGAUGGGUAGACGUGAACGAGAUGUCCGAGGCCAUUGGGGUGGAGGAGAAGGUGGAGCGUGAACUGGCUCGUGACUUCGCGACGAAGCUGCAGGGCGGCUUCCGUACAGAUGAGCCCGGCUCCCCGAAAGAAGAAGAUUCCCCGAAGGAGGAGGUGAAGGAUGUGUCGAAGUUUUCGCCAAAGCUGAACAUGUCCCUGAGCGUUUCUUUCCAGUCGUGA